AUGUUAGCUGGCUUCAAGGUGGAUGUGUCGCACCAGGAGCAAGAGCGCAUCCUGAGUGAGGUGGAAGCAUGGUAUCUCUGUGCCAAAGAGCAAGCUGGUGUGGAGUGGCUGCCACUCGAGGGGAUCAAGAACUUUCUCUUCAUGGAUCUGGGUUAUGAGGAUGAAGCGGAGUUCGAAGAUGCGAUCCACGGCUCCUUCGAGGACUCUCUCGGUUUUUGGGGUCGGAGACCAGGCAUUGAGUCUCAGCAGGGUGGAAGGCACGCAGCGCGUGAGUUCGAGAGGUUGAGGGAUGAGGGAAGAACUCACCUCCCAGGACCCUGUCGGGGUGUCUAUUUAUCCCUUAGCUGUGAUUCGGGGUGUCCAUUCACCACACAUGGGGUGUCCUGGUCUGUUUUUCGACUCCGUUCUCGCUGCUGGGUACAUCCAUCUCUUCAGGCCGACGCACGGCCGGCUAAGCCACUGGUGACGUGGAAGCGAUUUCGGACGGGACGCGACACGGAGAACACGGUCGCAGAACGUGACCCAACAGUGCUUUUGUUCUUGAAGAACAGGAUGCUCCUGUGA